GGAGCUCUCUCCUCCGCGUUAUCGCUUCGCUGGGGUCUCAUCUUCGGUCCGCGUCCGCUUCAGUUUGCCAGCGUCCGCCGCUCGACGAGCCACGAAUUGUGCCACCAUGAGCUGUCCCUUCGCUGGAAACGGAAACGAGCACGAUGAUAACGCUGUACCGCUCACCACCGAGGUGGGAAAAAUCUACGGGGAGUACCUGAUGCUGGACAAACUUCUGGACGCCCAGUGCAUGCUCUCCGAGGAGGACAAGCGACCUGUCCACGAUGAGCAUCUGUUCAUCAUCACGCACCAGGCCUACGAGCUGUGGUUCAAGCAGAUCAUCUUCGAAUUCGACUCCAUUCGGGACAUGUUGGAUGCAGAGGUCAUCGACGAGACCAAGACCCUGGAGAUUGUCAAGCGACUGAACCGAGUGGUUCUCAUUCUAAAGCUUCUGGUGGACCAGGUGCCCAUUUUGGAGACGAUGACGCCGCUGGACUUUAUGGACUUCCGCAAGUACCUGGCCCCCGCCUCCGGAUUCCAGUCCCUGCAGUUCCGGCUGAUCGAGAACAAGCUGGGCGUGCUGACGGAGCAGCGGGUGCGGUACAACCAGAAGUACUCGGACGUCUUCAGCGACGAUGGGGCGCGGAAUGCGAUCCAAAGCUCGGAGAAGGAACCCUCGCUCCUGGAGCUGGUGCAGCGGUGGCUAGAGCGGACGCCGGGGCUCGAGGAGAGCGGCUUCAACUUCUGGGCCAAGUUCCAGGAGAGCGUGGACCAGUUCCUGGAGGCGCAGGUGCAGAGCGCCAUGCUGGAGCCGGUGGAGAAGGCCAAGAACUACCGCCUGAUGGACAUCGAGAAGCGGCGCGAGGUGUACCGCUCCAUCUUCGAUCCGGCGGUGCACGAUGCUUUGGUGCGGCGCGGCGAUCGGCGGUUCAGCCACCGAGCCCUCCAGGGCGCCAUCAUGAUCACCUUCUACCGGGAUGAGCCCCGCUUCAGCCAGCCCCACCAACUGCUCACCCUGCUGAUGGACAUCGACUCGCUGAUCACCAAGUGGCGAUAUAAUCACGUAAUCAUGGUGCAACGCAUGAUUGGAUCCCAGCAGCUCGGCACUGGUGGAUCGUCCGGAUAUCAAUAUCUGCGCUCCACUCUCAGUGAUCGCUACAAGGUGUUCCUGGACCUGUUCAACCUGUCCACUUUCCUGAUUCCCCGCGAGGCGAUUCCUCCGCUGGAUGAGACCAUUCGCAAGAAACUGAUCAACAAGAGUGUCUGACAAUCCGCGGAGAUCCCUAUCAAGCUGUGUUUUGGCUAUGACUUACUAACCCUACCAACUGUUUCAUUUUUUGUGUAAUAAAACAACUUGUUUAGUCUUUGUUAUUGCA